CUCUUCUUUGGGGCAGCUCCUGAGAUACUGGAAGACUGCUAUCAUGUCCCCCCUCGUCCUUCUCUUUAUUAAACUAGACAUACCCAAUUCCAGCAGCUGUUCCUUAUAUGCUUUAACCUCCAGUCUACAUGUAUUUCCUCCUACCCCCCUCUGCAAACCAAAGUGAUUCUAAAUGAUCGUCAUUUCUCUGUUGUUGCAUUAUUAGAGCAGGGUGAGCAAGCAAGAGGAAAAUACUGGGUUUGUGGGCUUGGGGCUAACUUCAGAAAUGGAGCGAGCCCAGGCCUACGUGGGGGAACAAUUCUUCCUGCAGGAGCAGUGUGGAAGCCAGCAAGAGUUGUAACGAUUCUGUUCAGUUGAAGAAAAAUGGGGGGGGGGGCAAUUUGAGGAAUUAAGUGCUUUAUAGCUGGGCGUGGACAGAGCCUUCUGCUUCUGCUACCGUUUGCGGCAUCCUCUUUCAUUUUGCCCCAUCCUCCUUUGAUCACUUCGGCCCAGAGACGGGUCAGAGUCCAACCGGCAGGGCGUAGUUGCAAACGCCACUGCGCAUCCCUUCUCUGUCCCAGCACCAUCCUGCCCUCUCUCCCAAUUAACCCGGAUUGCCCAGCCCUCUUGCGUUCCCCAGUCAUGCUCCACAAAACCGUCAGCUUGCUUAGUCAGGCAUAUCCCCCCCUCUGCGAAACUUGUAAAAUUAUUUGCUGACCAUUCCUUCGAAGGGUCGCUCCCUGCCUCCGCCCUCUGCAGACCGCACAGCCACCCAUUGUUCUAACCGAUGCCCCAGUUAGAGGCUUUUACGAGGCUGGUUUCCUGCUGGUCUCGAACCAAAGCGGGCAGGGCUCAAAUAUUUGCUGGACACGUCUCCCUCCCCGUGACCACUCAGUGACGGUUCCUUGGUAAAGCUCAGAGAGAAAUGCAAGUGUGGGCAACAUUGUCCCUGAGCCUCUUGGUUGCCCCAGAGUUGGUGGGGAAAAGGGGAUGGACUCCAAGAAUGAAGACGCCCCACCCGCCCCACAAGAUAGAUCGAACUAAGAAAUUGAUGCUCUUGCUAUUUAAUAAAAUUAUACAUUAAAAAUGGAUAAGAGGAAUCUGGCACGUCUUGAAUUUGCUUCCCCCUCUGUCUUUUGUGAAUUUUGGGGCUUGUCUGAGAUGCUUCUCACCUGACUUCACCUGGGUUGGGCUGAAGCCUCUCUUGAUUGACCCUUGGCAGUGGUUUUUCUCAAACAAUACCUGGAUAUGAUCCCGGGAGACGGGAGGAAGAGACGCAGGCCAGGCAGCGCUUGGAUAAGAAGCAGCUGAGCCUGGAGAAGCAAUGGGGGGGGGUCUGGCAGAUGCCUCAUUAGGGACCCUCCCUAGUUUCUCGGACUGCAAAGGCGAGGGGGGGGGUUACUUUCAUGUAACUUUGCAGUAACGUUCAAAUUAGAACUUCCAAUUUGCUUCUUCUAUGGACUACCUUGCAGAGCUGUCAUAUUCGUCUUGUCUUGCUUGAUGGCAGUCCCUCUCCAGGGAACACAGUUGUGGGAGAUGGAUAGUGAAAGAAUAGCAACCUUUAUAUCUAGGCAGAGAUUCUCCCCCCCCCCCUUUAAGUAUCUGUGCCAUCCGCACAAUAAACCAGAGCUGGUUUGGAGUUAAAUUUGAUCCCAUCCAAUGAAUCUUUUUGGUUGUAAGAUUUGCUGGGUGAGGUGGGGAAGUUUUAAAAUCUUAGAAAUCCAGAUUAAAUUAAACUUUCCGGUCUUCUUAGUUUACGUGCAGCGUAAGUUUACUUCUGUUAUUAGAACCCCUAUCAUCCUAUCCUAUGUUGUCCUGGCCUGAGUGAGAAUUCUGAAUUUAAAGUCCAAUUUGUUGGAAGCACCAGACUGAGCAAGGUGGGGCCAGGUGGGUGGGUGGGGCUUUACAGGAAAGGUCCCUAAGACUUUCCUACCUUGUCCAGGUAGGAAAUAGAGCAGUGGCCUCUAUUUGUCAGGACAGGUGGGCUGUUGCCUCUGUGCUCCACCCUUCCUUCCUCGCUUCAUAUAAAAGCAAUAGUUAACGGUGGCCUUGCUUCUCACUCGGGCCUUGAUCAGGACCAGCGGCUUGAAACAGGAUCAACAUGGCUUUCUUUCCAGCACCUGGCUACAUGCCUGUUUAUAACCCGACUCUCCCUUACCAUCAGCCUGUCCCUGGGGGACUCCAUCCUGGGAUGUCUGUCUAUGUGCAAGGCAAAGUGCCCAAACAUACCAAGAGAUUCCGGGUGAACUUUGCCUGUGGCCAGCACGAGGGGGCUGACAUUCCCUUCCACUUCAACCCUCGCUUUGAUGGGAAGGACAGAACUGUGCUCAACACCUUCCAGGGUGGCAGGUGGGGCAAUGAAGAGCACCACAAGAUGCCCUUCCGGAAGGGCGAGCAUUUCGAGAUCAUCUUCCUUGUCAAUGACGUUGGAUACGAGGUUUUGGUAGACAGAAACCCCUUCUGUAGCUACGCACACAGACUCCCCCCACAAAGUGUGCAGGUUGUGAGCGCUGAUGGAGACCUGGAGCUGGAAUCUCUGACCGUGAUGGGAGGAUCAAUGACGGGGAACAUGAGUAUGAUGCCAGGCCCUGGGUAUGGGUCACCACAACACCUUCCUAUGAUGACAUCCCCAGCAGUCUACCAUCCAACAGUGCCCUACACCGGCAACAUCCCUGGUGGUCUGGGAGCCAAGAGGACCAUCGUAAUACGAGGCUCUGUUCCGAUGAACUUUAACAGGUUCCACAUCAAUUUUAAGGCCGGCCAGGAUAUUGCUCUGCACAUUAAUCCGCGCAUGGGAGAGAAAACAGUCGUGCGGAACAGUUUUCUUAAUGGCAGCUGGGGACCCGAGGAGCGGGAUCUGCCCUUUAACCCUUUCCAACCUGGGCAGUACUUUGAGCUUUCAGUCCGCUGCGGCAACCACCGAUUCAAGGUUUAUGUCAAUGGCCAGCCUUCCUUCAACUACGCCCAUCGUUACCACAAUUUUCAACAGAUCAACACCCUCCAGAUCGGUGGAGACGUGGUCCUUUCCUAUGUCCAAUACUAAGCAUGGUGGCGGUGGGGGGGGAAGGUAGCACUGGCAGAGACCCCCCCAUUUUCUCUCUUGAAAUCUGCCAGGAGACUCAAGAGUCCUGCUGGAUUGCUGUAGUCUACAUAAAGAUUUUAAUAAAGAUACUUUAAUUUGG